GCUGGUCAGCCCUGGUACUGCAGCCCACAUGGCAGGGGAACCCAGGAAGGCAGGUUGCUGGACACAGGAUAUCCAGGAGCAGGCUGGGAAUCAGUUAUUGGCCAGUUUAGCUGGACAUCAGGGGCUGGCACAUCAGGCGAAGCACCAGGCACCGGGCCAUCAGGCAGAGCAGCAGGCAAGGCAGCGGGCACCGAGUCAUCCGGCACGACAGCGGGCACCGAGUCAUCCGGCACGUCGACGGGCACUGCGUCAUCUGGCACGACAGCGGGCACCGAGUCAUCUGGCACGACAGCGGGCACCGAGUCAUCUGGCAAGACAGCGGGCAGCGAGUUACCAAGCUCGACAGCGGGCACCGAGUCAUCUGGCACGACAGCGGGCACCGAGUCUCCAAGCUCGACAGCGGGCACAGAGUCAUCUGGCACGGCAGCGGGCACUGAGUCAUCUGGCACGACAGCGGGCACCAAGU